CUGAUUCCAGAUCAACAAAUCUCAAACAUAAAUAUUACAAUCUUUCCGGACGGAGUCUAAUCCAAGGGCCUUUUUCCUAUCAAUGAACGGAUCUAUGAGUAUUGGAAAGGAUUCAGUCUCGCUGGCCGUGAAAUCCUAGUUUUGAAUGAGUAGGUUUGCCGCAUCAAGUGUGAAGGAUUCGGUGUUGGCCGGAUGCUUUGGCGCUUUGGGCGGAUUCUUCACCAAAUCCACUUUCGACGCCGCUCUCCUCCAAACGCAAUGCCAAGAGCUUCUCGGGCUGCUUGAGACGCUCCUGACGGACUUCACACCAGUGGGCGGCCUCCAUUCGACGUGUGACCAUCGAUGGUUGAGUCUAACUCUUCACGGGAUUGGCCUCAUCCUCGUAAUAGUGAGUAAUUUGUGCAUGUGGCGGUAUUUUAACCGAGCAUUGCAGUCAUCUUCCACCACUUUAGAGGCUUCGUUGAUAACGACUGCGGCUAACCUUUUAUUCAGCGGUUUCUUUGGAUGCCUCUUCUUUGGAGAAUUACUGAACCAAAAUUGGUGGCUGGGCACUGCAUUCAUAUUUGUUGGAAUUGGACUUAUUGCAUUGGAACCGAAAGAGACUAUUGAAAGAGGCCCAUUGAAGUGUAAAAAGGAAUAAUCACAUUCCUUAGGCACACAUUAAUCUAUUGUAUCUGCCAAA